AUGGGCGAGGAGAGGGCGGCGCCGCAGGGCGGGAGGUGGCCGGCGGGUGGCCCGGUGCCUGGCAGUGCCGUCCGCACCGCGCGUGUCAUGGAGCCGCAGCUCUGCUCGGCCGGCGGGCCGGCGCUGCCCGUGUGGAAGAGGGAGAUCCUGGAGCGGAAGCGGGCCAAGCUGGCGGAGCCGCCCGCGGGCGGGGAGCCGGAGCCGGGCGGCGGCGGCGGCCGGGCGGGCCCGGCGCUCCCGGAGGAGCGGCUGGUGCUAGCCGACAGCCUGGGCCCGCUGCGCGAGAACCCCUUCAUGCGGCUGGAGAGCGAGCGGCGGCGGCUGCGGCAGGGGCUGCCCGGGGGCGGGCGGCGGGGCGCGGGGCGGCCGCUGCAGGAGCUGCUGGAGCUGUACAGCGCCGUGCCCGGCAUCCGCACCAUCCGCGCCGACAACAUCCUCAUCAUCGAGUCCCAGCCCGACGCCGCCGCCUGCUUCGCGGCCGGGGAGGGCGCCCGGGACCCGCCCCCUGCCGCCUCGCCGCGGGGCCGCGACUCGCUCCGGGACCUGCUGGCCCGCCAGGGCUCGGCGCUCACCGAGAUCCGCGCCGCCCAGGUCUUCGUCUACGAGCCGGUCGAGCCCGGCCAGGCCGGCAGGGUCAGCCGCCUGCUGCAGAAGUUUGACCAGUGGCCGCGGGGCCGGCGGCGGCGGAGCAGGGACGCGGAGCCAAACUCCCCUAUCAGCCCCCCAGCCCGGCCGGCCCCGGAUUUCCCAGCCAGCGCCGCCGCCCCCCGGCCACUCCCGGCCCCGGGCUCCUCGGUCAGCGCUGCAGCCCCCCAACGGGUCCCAGGCCCGCCAGCCAGCCCUGCUAACCGGCAGGCUCCGGGCUCCCCAGGCAGCACUGCUGCCCCCCAGCUGGUCCGAGACCCUCUGGUCAGCCCCCUAAACCGGCAGGCCCCGGGUUCCCCAGUCAGCACUGCCCUCCCCCAGCCGGUCCCAGGCCCUCCAGCCAGCCCCCCAAACCGGCGGGCCCUGACCUCCUCAGGCAGCACUGCUGCCCGAUGGCAGGUCCCAGGCCCUCCGGCCAGCCCCCAAAACCGGCGGGCCCCAGACUCCCCAGUCAGCACUGCUGCCCCCCAGCCGGUCCCAGGCCCUCUGACCAGCCCCCCAAACCGGCGGGCCCCGGACUCCCCAGUCAGCACCGCUGCCCCCCGGCCGGUCCCAGGCCCUCUGACCAGCCCCCCAAACCGGCGGGCCCCAGGCUCCCCAGUCAGCACCACUGCCCCUCAGCCGGUCCCAGGCCCUCCGGCCAGCCCCCCAAACCGGCGGGCCCCGGCCUCCCCAGUCAGCACUGCUGCCCCCCCGGGCACCUCCCAGGCCAGUGGCUUCCUGCACAAGAUCGGCUCCAACUCCUUCACUGUCACUCCCCGGGGUCUGCGGCCAGGCAGCUGUGCCCCACUUACCAAUGGCCCCUUGGAGCACAAUGCCAGCCCAGGGGGCAGGGCCCCGCGUGCUAAGGUGCCUCCGGUGCCAUCGCCAAGCGUUUCCCUUGCCAGCGACAACAUGAGGCCAAAGCUGGAGAUGAGCAAAGAGAUCCAGCCAUCCCUAUCCAGUGCCACCCCCAGCCCUCUCCAGCCGCUGUCUGUAUCUGUCCUCAGAGAUGGGGUCUCCUUUGAGAUCCGCCCAGCCCCCAAGCCAGACCUGGCCGCCAUCCCUGCCCAUGAUCUCCAAGCACAGGCCCUGGCCAAUCUGCGCCUGAACUCACGGAAUUCCUUCCUCUUUGUGCCCCGCCGUGGCGGGGGACAGUGUCUGACAGAGCCUGCAGGGGACCUGUCAUCCUUGAAGCCUGUAUGUGAGCAACAGGGGGAACCCAUAACCCCCUCACAGACCCCUCAAGAGCUCUUGGUGCCUGUGACUUACAUUGAUGAUGAUAUUGUGGAGCUGGAUGCUGGGGGCCUGCCCCAGGAGAUGGGCCCAGAUGCAGGACUGAAGGACUCAGAGCAGCCCCAAGAAGCUACCUCAGCCCUGGGGAUGAAGGCUUCUGCUAUACCCCUGUAUAGACCCCAUCCUGCCUCCUCUGCCCUGCAGCAGAGAGGCAGCAAUACGUUCACCAUAGUGCCCAAAAGGAAGCCACCCAACUCUGGGGUGGAGGUUGACAGUGGAGCCAGCAGAAUCCAGCAAUCAGAAGAGGAAGACAACGAGGAAAGCAGAAGCAAGGGCAAAACCUUGGGGAGCCCUGAUGCGCCCCAACCGGAUCUUGAGCCACUGCUUAAAAAGCGCUACCCCACUGUGAAUGAGAUUGAGGUGAUUGGCGGCUACUUGUCCCUGGAGAGGUCCUGCAUGAGCAAGAUGGGCUCUCGCCGCAAAAAGAUGAAGAUCUCUUUCAGCGAGACAAGCCUGCAGACCACGUUUGAGUACCCUUCUGAGAGCUCGCUGGUGGAGGAGGAGGAGGAGGAAGAGUCUGCCUCAGAAGUGGAGGAGGACGAGGACAAGCCCCCUUCCCUGUUCAUUCCACGCCCGACCUGCACCAUGCACGCCAACGUGCCCAGCUCAGGUUUCUCCAGCUACACUCCAAAACACUCCGUGGAGUUCAGCAAGUGGCAGGAGCAGGAAUACGAGGAGCAGCCUGCCAGUGCUGCUGGGCCCCUCCUGAAAGAGGCCAAUCCCCCAGGGAACCAGGUCAUGCUUACCCCGGCCGAUCACCGUGGCCUCUCAGACUUCAGCAGUGAGCCUGCCCUGUACUUCUGACUCCUGGGCCAUUGCACCUGCAGCACGCCUGCCGAGCAGGGAACUGGGCAGCUUCGCCGGUGUUCUGUUCUCAGUGUCCUCGGCUGCGCUUCGUGGGAUGGAGACUUUCUGAAGCCCCACAGAAAUGGGCUGCUGGCCCCAGCCCACUCCACCUUGUCCCUGCAGGGGACUCGAUGUUACUGGGCAUUUCGGGAGAAUAUUUGCACUGGAUUCUGGGGGACACCUGCUAGUUCCAAGGUAGCUGACGUGUUCUUCCAGUGGCCUUACACAUUCCUCCUUCAAGAGCAGCUGCCGAUAGACUUCUGAGAGUGACUUAGGGGCUAGAGCCUUGCUCUUACUUUCUCCAGCCAGAGUGGGCUCUAGAAAGGCUUGGAGACUGACUUCUCAGUGUGGAAAGUCUCUGCGGUGUGAGCACUGAGGGAUCUCCAGGGCUGUCUGCAAAUUGGGUUAGCAGUUGGACCCAUGAAAGCAGCUGUGGACUGGGAGCUGCAUGGCAACAGGGGCCUCUGCUGCCACUUUAGUGUUAAGCUUGGAGGCUGUUGGAGGUUAAUAGCUAAGUCCCAGGCCAAGCAUGUUUCUGGGCCUGAUACACAGCUGUUGUGGGCCAAUGAGGCAGCCUCGUUGGCCAAAAGGGGUGGUGCGCACACUGGGGGUGAAGCGUGGUAAGAGAAUGGGCAAAUUGUUCUCUGCUGCAGAUCAGUAGGAGAAUGAUUGAUAAGAGCUGGAGUGUCCCCAGCCUACAAUGCUGGUUUGCUCCCUAUGGGCAGCUGGACUUGCAUGACUUGGCCCCUUGAAAGAGUUCCCAAGCACUAGCGAUAGCUUUGAUCUUCCUAGCUCAGCUGUUGGUGUCCAGGCUCUAAGUACAGUCACUCUGCUGUGGUUUGCCUGUGAACCUGAAUGCCAUCUGCUGGGCCCGAGCCACGUCCAGUGCCUGUGCUCCCGGCCCCGGGGCAAACUCAGAAUGGAGAGCUCACCUGCUUUCCAAGUCAAACUGCCCUGCUAAAUCUGCACCUGCUAAAUCUGCACCUGGCCUUUCUCACUCCUCUGCUCCAAGUGCAAAUGGGCCAUUUCUCUGCUUUCUUCCACAGGGGCCUGAAUAAGUAAUAUGCUGUUCUCUAGGGGGUUUAUAAUUCUCUGGCACUAACUGGUAAUGCAGGCCAAUAUGCAAUGCAGUCUGCUAGGCUCUCACUGCUGGUGGACACAUCUCUAGAACUGGAGAUUCGGGGUCAGAAUAGUGUGCUCUGUAAAAGACCAAUGUUCGUGAGCUGCUAACGUGACCUGUGCUCCUGAGAUUAAAGGAAAUGUGACCAGCACAGAGCUGGCCAAUUUGGGCAUUGUGGAUGGGAGGGUGGUAUCUGAUCCUGCCACCUCCUUCAAAGGACCACGCUCCUGUCUUUUUGAUUUAAAUCUACUGAUUUGUUUGUUUGUCUGACUGUGUCCAAUCACGUUAUCUCUGAUUGUAUCUGAAUGGAAAAUCCUUUGUGUACCUUGCACUUGCCUUGAUAAUAGUGUGUACAAAGCAGAAGGGGAGCGUGUGUCUAUGUACCCUCUGGCAUUCAGGGCCAGAGGUUUGGCGGUGCCAGCCCCCUGCCCCCAGUGACCUAACUGGGAACUGCUACUUCUGAAAACUCAACUGCUCCCCUGACACUUCGCCAGGUUUGCUGGAGGAGCCCAGUAACCCCUGCCCCCCUUUCUGCCAUUGUAACACUUUGUGCUUCCAAAUCGGAUGAAAGGACCCAAGUGACUCCCACGUGUGGUGGUGCCUGGUGAUUUGUACUUUGGAAUUACAGAAAUUUGAAAGAACUUUCUUGGUGGUUUGAUAAAUGGGAUCCAGUAAAUAUCACGGCAGUGAGCCAGCCCUUGGUGCUGAUGGUUGUCCCUACUAGCCAGUGAUGAGGUGUUCAGUGAA